AUGACAGACAUCAUCACCCAGGUCAGCCCGGAUGCCUACACCGGCAUCCCAACCGAUGAAUUCAACGCAAAAAUCCACUUGAACAUCCGCGGCACCAUGUUCACGAUCACGCGUGACGAACUCAUGAGUCUUCCCGAAAGCAUUUUGUUGUGUCUCUUCCCGAACGGUGUGUUUGUCGAUAUUGAUGGCAACGUGAUUACAAACCUCACAGAGGAGGAUGUUGUAUAUGUCAACUUCAGUCCCGAGUGCUUCCAGUACAUCUUGAACGCGUUUGGCGCGGCUGCCGUCGACUUGGUACACAGCGAGCACGAUCAGUACCAGGACGGCACCAUCGAUGCGGAGGUACUCCACGAAAAGCCGUCCAUCAUCGUGUUGCGCGAGGACUUGGACUACUACUGCAUACCGCCGAAGGACGAGUUGUCCGCGGAGCAGAUGCGCGAGAUCAAGUUAGCUGCGGGCAGCACCUUGGUCGGCAACAGCCGGGUAUUUGACGGGUUGGGGUAUGUCCCCGGUAAACUACUCGGUGCGGCUGAAAAGCAUUUGUUGGACAUGUUGUGCGCCUCCGGCUACUCUGUGGAAGACUUGUGGGGCCAUCGGUCCAUGGAGCCGGGUAAGACCGUGGUCAACUCGUUGGCGUUGGUUAGAUUGACCCAUCCGCAAGAUCAGGAGUCCGAAAUUUCCUCACCGGCGUUGAGCCCGUCGGUGUCGUCCACUUCGUUGAAGGCGAUGUCCUCCCAGGGAUCAACGCUUAGGACUGCUAGGUCGCGCUUUGCGCACUUGGCGCACUCAGCUCAUGAGAAGGCAUCACGGUCGGUGUCGAGAAACAGAUCCAGGUCUAAGAAGAGAGAUGAUACGUCGUCGAAGUUGUUAUUGUUUUGGCGCAAACCCGCGCGUAAGUGCUGGUGGAGCCACGAGAUAUUGGAUGUGCCGGUGGAAAACCACAAGGUGAUUGGAUUGGAGGAGGUGACCUCGAUUAAGGUGCAUAUUCGGAGAGUCUGGACGUUGGAGUUGAGUGUGAUUGGGGUGAACUAG